UAUCUGGUCCUCGUUCCCCGAAGCUGCAAGUCGCUCGGCGUGUUUCCGGAAUCAGGUGGAAGCUAUUCACGAUUCGUUGGGGAAGGAGGAGAGAAGAAAGAUUUUUCCCGACGUUCGACUCGCUGGUCAGGAGAUCAUCUGCCGUGAUGGAGUCAGCUCUGGUGCUCGCACUUCUGCGAGUAUUGUUUGCUGAGCUUUCGUGCAUUUUCGUAACGCUGGGACAGAAUGGUGUUUCCUACUUCAUCAAGCAUCUCAUCUGCAUGCUGUAUCUCACCUAUAGGAACCGGACGACGCCUCUGCGUUUUCCGGAGCCGGAGCUCGUCACUGAGCGACACACACCAGAGUCUCUGGGUCUCAUCUACCCCGAGCGGGAGUGGCUCCAAGAGAGACCGAAGUCGGCCGAGCAUCUGAAAAGCAAGGAAGACUUCCACAUUUUUCACGGCACGCAUAUCGAGUCCGAGUCAACCUUAAUAUUCCGACUAAGUAGACUCCAAGAGGGUUUAUGUCAAGCCUUCAUGGUUUUGCGACUCGACGGCACCGACACGCUGAGUCUGCAAAACGAAAUCAAGCUCGAUCUGAGCGAUUCGCACGCCUAUCAAGGUUGUGGCCUCACACUGGAAUGCCUAGCUCCUAUGCGUCGUUGGCGAGUUAAUUUCAACGGAUUGAUGAAUGACCAGAACGGACGAGAAAGACAUGUGAAAUUCAGCGGAAUAUGGGUCGCCGGAUCGCACACCUUCGAAUAUCCUCAGCAGAUAUCCAUCAAGAGCAUGGCCGACUCGUUGUCCCACCUACAUCCACUUUCGAUGGCAGCCCAAAUACGAUCAAUCUAUAAGGAUGAAUUCUUCUACUCGCAGAUGGGGCGAUUCGACCUUGAGGUAUCCGUAGACAAAUCAGAGCCCCAGGAAGUCCACCUGUGGGGUUCCCGACUCCAUUUCGCCGGUAUACUCGAACCGCGCACUGAGGUCCACAAGUUCGGUCAUUUCCGCGACGGUCACCGCCUUCACCUGAUAAUUCGCAAAGUUGAGGAUCAGACGUUGUACUUCGGCUCGGCCUACGAGCCGCGCACGAAGACUCUCGCCAUAACGUCGGCGGACAUGAUCCCUGAGGCAUUCGUAGCCACGACAGAAAAGGAAGUCUUCGCGAUGUCUGUCGGCGAGCAAACUCUCGCGCGUCAAGCUCUCAAAACUCGACAUCCUAAGGUCAAUGAUAAAUUCGUCGCUUAUCAGGAAAGCGCGACAAUGCGCGGACGUAAAGGAGUCAUUCUCACAAUGGAGGUCGAGAGGUAUGCAUGA